AUGGCUGUUUCCAGAGAUCAUUAUUACCGUCUCGCGUCUGAGCUUGAGGACGAGCGUAUCUUGGCAGCUUCUCAGCUGAUUACGGAGCUCCGCGACACCGACUCACAAAAAGAGUGGGAAUAUGCUCUCGACAGACUGAUCAGGGGUCUUGCUUCUUCGAGAGCGGGAGCCAGAUUGGGGUUUUCUCUGUGUUUAAGUGAAAUUCUUUAUGAGCUGAUCGAAGUGAAGAAGACAUACAACGUGGAAAGCUUUUUGGCAGAUCUGAGCAAGAAACUGGCAAGCUCAGUCAGCAACAAGAAUACAGGAAAGAACGCCAGAAGUCUAAUUUUUGGAGAGCUUUUCGGUCUUCAAUCACUUCUCAACUCGAGAGUUGUAGACCAGGACUUGAAGUCAGGAAACACUCAAAGCUACACGAAGAUUAUUGAUAAACUGAUAGAACUGUCGUUGUUUAGGCCAUGGAUCAGAGAGGCUUGUUUUGCAACAAUCUACCGCUCCUUAUUGUCAUUUGGAAUACCACAGGACCCAAAAUACAUCAGCAUCGUUGUUCACUUGCUGCAAAAGACCCAGUCUGCGGGUCUUACACUGACAACCGAGGGAUUGUUAGUUGCAUUGAGCAUUCCGCCAGAAAGACGUCAAAACAUAAUGGAGCUUGCAAAGAUAGACAAAUGGCAGCAUGGGAAUCCACUUGCUAAGGGAAACCUGCCAACUCUGUCCAAAAUAAUGAAGGAUAUAGAUGUGGUGGCAGACGACGAAGACCAAUCAAAGAAGAAAGGUAACUGGACUAGAGCACUCCAUUUUGUGUGGACUCCGCUUUUAGCGGAACUCAUAGACAACUCUAGCAAGGAGGAACACACUCCGAAGGAGCGUAAGUCAAAAAAACAAAAGACCGAAGGCAAACUUAUCAAGCUAGCGGAAUUCUGGAAGGCUUGCAUAGACGACCAAUUCUUUGCACAAUCAGCUUCUCCAGAACGGAAAUACAAAGGUCUCGAAGUCUUGAAUACUGUUCUUGAUAUUAAUACGCUCAAAGGAGGGCAAGUCGAGGUUGUUCUGUCUGCAAAUCUUAUGCGGACAUUAAUCAAUCAAAGUUCUAACCCUGAUCGUCUGCUCAACAAAUUGGCUAAAAACACUUUUACUCAUCUAGUGAAAUCGUGCGCUGUGAACCAAGAUAGAAUAGUCCCUACCUUAAGAAGUAUCCUCAGGGUUUCCUUGAAUUUUGAUAGACUCACGAAAUCAAAGAUUACAAAUGAGCUGAUCAUGUCUGCCAAUAAUGACCAUACAGUUGCAGAGAUUGCCCAAUUCCUAAUUUCACUUGAGCAUUCGGUCAAUGAGGACAUUAUCAAGUACCAAAUAUUUGCACUUGACUCUCUCUUGCACUUGGUAAGGGCCAAGAAAUCUGUCAUCUCCAAGAAUGAGAUCUACGAGAACGUUCUUGAUUAUUUGAUCGAACACAGCUAUGUGAAAAAGGAGUCGGACGACAGAUACUCCGAUAGAAUGGCCACAUGCUCGCUCGAAAGACUGUAUUCUAUCCUUUUGGAAAUCAUGUCGAGCGGCCACAGCCAGGGCAAAAUGUCUUGGCCAUAUUACGCUGUGAGCAAACUUGUUGAAAAAGAUUCUGAUUUCUCGGACUCAGAGUUUGUCCUCAGACAGGAGUUUGAGGAAGAUCUCAAAGACCUCAAAGUGGAUUGUGUCCGGAUGGUGGAGGCUAUCUGUGAGCUCAAAGCUUCUGAAGGGUCAAAGCUACUUGAAUCAUUUGAAAUUCUUCUAUCUGUUGGACUUUUACAGUUGUAUUCUGGCGAUGAGGAGUCAGGAUCAAUUUUAACAGACUUGAAAGCAGCCUUUGAAAAUUACACUGAUUCUAGCGCCGAGCAGCUACUGAUUGACACGCUGGUGGAUCUAGUGCUUUCAUAUUUGACUCAGAAAUCAUCGUUAAUGAAAAAGGUGGCUGCUACAGUGUGGGAGAAUCUAGUCGACAAAGUUGGAGAGCCCGAGUUGCAGCGACUCUUUGAGGUGUUGCUCACUAAAGAAAACAAAGAGGGACAAGAAAAGCUGUUCAGCAAUGACGGUGAAGAUGUUGAACAAGAUUCAGAGGAGAUAGAGCAAUCGGGGUCGGACUUUGAAGACGAGUCUGUGGACGUGGUGACGGACGACUCAGAGGAUCCCGCCGAGCAUGAGGAAGUUGACCGGAAGACCACUAACGAACUUGCACAGGCUCUUGGAGUGGCCAAUUUCGACGAUAGCUAUAGCGACUCAAGUGAUUCGUCUGACGAGUCGGAGUCGGAUGUGGAAAGUAUGUCUGACGAGCAAAUGAUGGCUAUCGACUCUACGCUGUCCAGAAUAUUCAAACAGCGCCGAGAGGCUCUUACUGCCUUAGAAGCAAAAUCUGGCAACCAGAGGAAAGAAGAAGUGCAAAAUGCUCGUGAACUAAUGAUUUUCUUCAAAAACCGCGUUUUGGACCUGCUGGAGAUAUUCUGCACCAAGAGACCAGGUGACAUAUCUAGUCUGAAAAUCGCCAUUGUGCUGUUGGAUUUAAUGGCACUAACUUUGGAAAAACAGGUGGGCGAAAAAGCUCAUAAGCUCAUUAAGAUAAUUACAAGAAGUCCUAUCACGGUGUCUAUACAAAACAAGUCGGAACUAAUAGCCGGCUUGAAAGAAGUACAAGAAAGAGCAGCCACCAAAUCAAAGUUCCGUGCGCACUCGCUUGCCUGCAACCAGCUAUCACUGUAUAUUGUGCGAAGCUUGGUGGCCUUUGAUAGAAAUACUGUUCCAGAGUUAUUGGAGGUCUAUUUCGAGAGCAUGAAGGACUGGGCAAUGAACCCGACCAACAAAACCACCACCAAUAUGUAUUUCGAUCUCCUCAACUGGCUAAAUGACAGAAGAGAGGUACACUGA